UGGUGGUCUUUCGUUCAUGACCAUGGCUUCUCCUAAGAGCUCGAGGACCAGUCGUCAUUGUGUAUACAACAGUGGGUCGGACUGCUUAUACCCCGCUGUCACCUCUCUUCCUAUUAGAACGACAGCAACACCGACUCAUGUCCGAUCGAUUCCUGCAACAUUAGCUUCGAGUUCUUCUGCUUCGAGUUCGAGUACUUCCUCGACUGAAGAUUCGGAGAGGAUCUUCGACCAUAGCCCCCUUGGUCUUCGAGCCGAUUCGCCAACGACUCCUCCUGACGAUUUAAUGAACACUACUGGGAGUGGUAAUUCUAAAGCCAGCACCGAUUUCGAAAGGGAAGGUACACCGCUUGUAAAAGUACGCAGCCGGCCUAAGAGGCCGUCCUUAGUGUCUACAGCAGCAGCAGCAGAUCCACGGUACCGGAUAGAAAAAGUCACGGUCGGCCCUCGAGCAUCUCGAGCAACUGCUAGACGAUCAGCAUCUCCACCACAGAUUAAGCCUCUGAUACACACAGAUGAAAUCAAACGACUUCAUCAUUCGUCUCUCGCCUUCUCAAAAUCCACAAGUUCUAUACCUCUUCCACUCGAAGAUGUCUUCGUGGGCUCUCCUCAAAACCCGCACAUCUUGGGGUCGGAACAAAUGGAAUGGAUAGGGCCGAAUGCACUUGAAAACUCGUUGGAUGUAGAAAGUUGUGACGGAGCGCAUCGAGAUAAAUCAGAACAACUUGGAGAUGGAGUGUCCAUGCUAGAAAGAGAAGGCUCGGAACCAGACGGGGUGCAGUCGGAAGGAGAAUACAAUGAAGACGCGACAACCAACUUUCAAAGUUAUAAAUGUACUCCGGAAGACGCUCCAAAGGACAAUCCUCCAGAUUCCACCAAUUUAAAGUUCAUCCCUUUCCGUCGGAAGGACAGAGACUUGUGCUCGAUAAACGAAAGUAUCAUCGAAGCCAUGAAGAGCCACCGCAAAGCGAAAGCCGCGCCCGGUUGGACAUAUGUCUUCGAAUGUCCCACACGAGCACCAGGACAUCUCAAGAUCGGCAGCACAGUCCACAUGAACGAGCGCGAAAAAGUCUUGAAAAAAUGUGAGAGAGAAUUGAUACACGUGAAAGACAAAGACAGGAAUGCUUUCGAUUACCAUUCCAUUGUCGAAUCUCUCGUGCAUCAGGAAUUCCAUAACAAGAGAAGAGUGCUGCGUUGCAUUUGUGGGACAAACCAUCAAGAAUGGUUUGAGGUGAAGAAAGAUGUUGCAUUAAAGUCGAUUUGCAGGUGGAGGACUUGGGUGAAGAUUCAGAGACCGUAUGAUAAAGAGUGGAAAUUGAAACCUUAUUGGCAGUGGAAGGUGAGGAAUCUGCCAAAGAGUCUCGCGAACGUGGAUUGGGAUGAUUGGGUCCGGCCGAAUCGCAGGGAGUAUUAUCUUCAGUAUUGGUACGAAGAGUUUGGAAAGGAUUAUUACCUGGCUUUGGAGGGACAUAUUAAGAGGAAGGAUAAGCAUUUUUGUCAGAUUGGGGUCAUUCUGCUGCUUAGCAUGUACCUUUUGUUUGGAGGGACAUGCUUUGCGUUGACAAUGGUGGGGUUGAUACUCCUAUGAGGAUUAAAACUCGGUAGACAUUCAUAACGAUGGGG